CAGUAAAACCCUAAUAUUUUCGAGUCUUCACUUCCUCUCUCUAUCUCUCUCACUAAGAAUCCCUAGCUGCUUUUUGCAAGGCGCCAACAUCUUACAGAAGAAAUGAGUAACAAUGGCAGUCUUGGAAACCCUACGAGCAGCACGAAUGAUGCCAUGAUGAGGAGUGAAGACUCCGAGUCUCAGAUGCCGAGGAAAAUCAAGUUUCAGUACGAUGAUGAGGAGCAAGAAGCUGCGCUGGACCAAGCUGUUAGCGGAAGCUUGCACCUUGAGGACGAUUCAGUCAUGGCCGACCCCAACGACUCUAUCAUUGGCAGCGAUAAAACCAGUGCUGAUUAUUACUUCGACUCCUACUCCCACUUUGGUAUUCAUGAAGAAAUGUUGAAGGAUGUUGUAAGGACAAAGACAUAUCAGAGUGUUAUAUAUAAGAAUGAUUUCCUAUUCAAGGACAAAAUAGUCCUUGAUGUGGGUGCAGGGACAGGGAUUUUGUCACUUUUCUGCGCAAAAGGAGGAGCAAAACAUGUUUAUGCUGUUGAAUGCUCCCAAAUGGCUGAUAUGGCAAAAGAAAUUGUCAAGACAAAUGGCCUUUCAGAUGUCAUUACUGUAUUAAAAGGCAAGAUUGAGGAGAUUGAACUUCCAGUUGACAAAGUAGACAUUAUUAUCUCGGAGUGGAUGGGGUAUUUUUUGUUGUUUGAAAACAUGCUUGAUACUGUUCUCUAUGCUCGUGAUAAGUGGUUGGUUAAUGAUGGUGUUGUCCUUCCAGACAAAGCUUCACUGUUUUUAACUGCAAUUGAGGAUGCUGAGUAUAAAGAGGAUAAGAUUGAAUUUUGGAAUAAUGUGUAUGGCUUUAACAUGGGCUGUAUCAAGAAUCAAGCCAUGAUGGAACCCCUUGUCGACACUGUUGACCAGAAACAAAUAGUUACAAACUGCCAGUUGCUUAAGACAAUGGACAUCUCUAAGAUGGCUUCAGGGGAUGCUUCCUUCACAGCUCCAUUUAAGCUUGUGGCUGAGCGCGAUGACUAUAUUCAUGCUUUUGUAGCUUAUUUUGAUGUCUCCUUCACUAAGUGCCAUAAACUAAUGGGCUUCUCUACUGGUCCGAAAUCGCGAUCAACCCAUUGGAAACAAACUGUGUUGUAUUUGGAAGAUGUAAUUACAAUAUGUGAAGGAGAGUCAAUAGUUGGAAGCAUGUCAGUUGCGCAGAACAAGAAGAAUCCUAGAGAUGUGGAUAUAACGGUAAAUUACUCGCUGAAUGGGCGUCGUACUACCGUCUCGAAAACCCAAAGUUAUCGGAUGCGUUAGAAUUGGCCAUGAUGCAGCAGGAGAGGCUAUGUUUUUAUGGGUGAUUUGAUACAUUUUGAAAUUCUUACUAAACUGUCUUGUGUCUUAUUUAAUUUUUUACAUUUUGUACUCUAUUAAAUGGGUGAGUAGUUUUACCACAA